AUGACACCCAUUUUUGGAAGACUCAUCAGCAAAAUCUCCAGUGGAGUGAAACAGGAUAGUGCCAAGACUUGUCGUUAUCUGGCUUUAUUCAGAAAAACAAAAAAGAAGGAAAAUCUUUCGCCUUACAUCAUCCUCAGAGCUACGAAGGACGACCACCUGAAAAUCCUCAAAUUGAUGCACGAAUGCUACUUCGUCGACGAGCCGAAAUGCUACUCUCUGGGAGUGAAUCACAAUGCCAUCUUGGACGAACAAACCAUGAGCAGUAUGUCUCAAGGUAUGACCCUCGUGGCGCGGUGCAAGUACGAUGGUUCCAUGGUUGGCGGGUGUAUCAAUAUGUCCGCGCACAGCUGGGACGCCGACAUGACCGAGAAGUUUGCUUGCAGCGUGCGCUGCCCCAAAGUGCGGCAGCUGCUGCUUUUCCACGCACAGUCACAGCGCCUGCCGGACGUCUGGAAGAAGUACGACGUGAAUAAGGUGUUUGAGAUGAGUAUGCUGUUCGUGCACAAACUCCAUCGCAAAAGGGGCCUAGGAUACAGACUUGUCGCAGAAUCAAUAGACUUGGGAGCCGAUUGUGGGUAUAAAGUUGUUAGAUGUGACGCCAGUAAUGCCUUUGCGUAA